AUGCCAUCCAAGUUAGUCAACAAUCUGAGCUGUCCGGUCUGCAUGGAAAUCUUUAAAGAUCCCGUCAUCCUGUCCUGCUGCCACAGCUUCUGUAGAGCGUGUGUGGAGUACUGCUGGAAGGAGAAGGAGGACAAAGAGUGUCCUGUCUGUAAGAGGAGACACUCAAAUGAUUUUAUGAAUAACUUCGCUUUGAAGAGUUUGUGUGAGACUUUUCUACAGGAGAGAGAUCAGAGAUCUUCAGAGGAUCUCUGCAGUCUGCAUCAGGAGAAACUCAAACUCUUCUGUCUGGACCAUGAGGAGCCAGUGUGUGUCGUCUGCAGAGAUUCAGAAAAACACUCCAACCACAGAUUCAGACCCAUCAAUGAAGCUGCUCAACAACACAAGAAGAAACUUGAGGAAACUCUGCAGCCCUUAAAGGAGAAGUUAACGGUUUGUGAAAAAGUUCAAGUGGAGUUUGAUCAAACUUUGGACCACAUGGAGGUCCAGGCCCGACACACAGAGAGGCAGAUUAAGGAGCAGUUCAAGAAGCUUCACCAGUUUCUAGCAGAGGAAGAGGAGGCCAGGCUGCGUGCAUUGAGGGAGGAAGAGGAGCAGAAGAGACAGAGGAUGAAGGAGCAGAUGGAGGCUCUGAGAGCACAGAUAGCAGAUCUUUCACACACAGUCAGAGCCACAGAGGACCAGCUGACGGCCCAAGACGUCUCUGUCCUGAAAAAUUACAAGGCUGCAGUGGAAAGAGUCCAGCAGCGCCCCUUGCUGGAGGAUCCACAGCUGCCCUCAGGAGCUCUGAUAGACCAGGCCAAACACCUGGGCAACCUGGGCUUCAACAUCUGGACCAAGAUGAAGGACCUGGUCUCCUACACGCCUGUUAUUCUGGACCCAAACACUGCUCAUCCAAGGGUCAUCCUGUCUGAUGAUCAGACCGCUGUGAGAGGAGGAAAGAGACAACAGCUUCCAGAUAAUCCAGAGAGGUUUGAUCAUUUCUGCUCUGUCCUGGGCUCUGAGGGCUUUAACUCUGGGACUCACAGCUGGGACGUCCAGGUUGGAGACAGUUCACACUGGGUACUAGGAGUGAUAGCAGAGUCUGGACAGAGGAAGGGAGACAAACUGUCUGGAUUAUGGAGAAUAGGGUUAGAUGAUGGUAAAUACGGAGCAGGCUCAUCAUCACAUAGAUUCACUGAUCUCUCAGUGAAGAAUCCUCCAAAAACGAUCAGAGUUAACCUGGACUGUAACAGAGGAGAGCUGUCAUUCUCUGAUCCUGAUACUAACACACACAUCUAUACCUUUAAACACACUUUCACUGAGAACAUACUUUAUACUUUGUGUCCAUACUUUAAUACUGUGGAACAUAUUAAGAUUUUACCAGAGAAGAUCUCUGUGACUGUCCAAAAACAAUAUAGGUAG